CUCAGACACUGCUGGCAGCGCACACUGCUCCUGUUCUCCAUGCCAGCGCCGCUCAGCUGUGCUGUUAUUUGUUCACCCGCCCACUCACGCACACACUCCACCAGGCUGGGUGUGAGGAACGGCAUGGAAUGGAAUCUCAGAAGGAUGGAGAGCGAACUGAGACAGAUCAACCCAGACUUGCUGCAGCCCAGCAAGAGCUUUAAGAAACCUUCCUCGGGCACCAUCACCAUCAACGUGGGGGGCUACCUGUACGCAGCACAGCGGCAGACCCUGGCAAAGCACCCUGGCUCUUUGUUGGAGGAGAUGGUGAGCGGGAAGAAACCUGUGGUGCACGUGGACUCUAUGGGCAACACCUUCAUUGACCGUGAUGGCCCCAUCUUCCGGCAUGUCUUAAACUUCUUGCGUCUGGGUGAGUUGGUACUGCCCGAUGACUUCAAGGAAGUGGGCCUUCUACGGCGCGAGGCUGACUUCUACCGGCUGAGUGAGCUGGCCCAAGCGCUCCAGGACUGGGAGCAACAGCAAGCCACGCAACGUGAACCCGCCUUCCUGGAGGUGACAGAUAGCCACGAGCGCUCCCAGGGUCUGAGGAUCUACUGUAGUGACACCAGCUUCAUUGAGAAGGUGAAGAAUCGCCUGGUGCAGAUCUCCAAGAGCCGGCUAGAUGGCUUUCCGGAGGAGUUCGAGGUGUCGUCCAACAUCAUCCAGUUCCGGCAUUUCAUCAAAUCGGAGCAGGGCUCUCGGCUUGUGUUAAAGCAGGACAGCACAUUUGUGUGUACAGUAGAGUGCCUGAAGCUGGAGACCGUGAUGCUUGCUCUGAAAGGCGGCUUUCGUCUACUUACCAGCCUAGACAGUGGUCGUGGAUCAGUGGUUCAGUGUGAGGCUCUGCAUUUUGUCAAGUGACCCAACCAGAACUAACCACAUGGCCUGCUGAAAAACCAUCGCAUUUAUAAACACACCAGUGUCAUCAGCUGAGAACCUCUUCUGGAAUACUCCACUCUGCUUCUACAUGACAUGCACUAACAGCAUUGAAAAACAAGAUAUUAUGUAUUUUGUGGGGUUUGUGUUAGUAGUUUCUGCUGUUUGCAAGUUGUUUUUACCAGAAGAAUGGUAUAUACUGUUAAUGAUGAUUGCGGAGUACUGUACUAUCAAAAGGCUGAAUGCAAGUGCAAUAAUCAUUUCAUUUGUGAGCAAAUUGUGAUUUCUGGUAAUGUGAUACAAUGUAGUGAACAACAGGUUGUAAUUUUGAGUCUUUGAGAUUUAUUCAAAAUAAAGCCAGAAUAUAAUUUAUUUAAAGAACUGUUUAAAUGUUUGUUUAUAAAAAAAAAAAGUCUGACUGAAUCUAGGUGACAGUCUGGACUGUAAGACUGUGUAUGAGUUUGUCUGUGAACUGUGAUAAAUCUUAUGGCUGUGCAAUGUAACUUGACAAAUUACAGUGUGCUGUAUAAAUAGAGCUACAUUUUUUUUUUCUUAUAUGCAGUUAAGUCAGCUUGUAAGAGACAUAGCACCACUGUCCUAAAUUGAAAGUUUUCAUUAUUAUGCAGUAAAA